ACAAAACUAAUAAAAUCAUAAAAUGUCUACAAGAGUUAGGAUUGCUCUUGUUAUGAAUGUCUUCCUUUUUUGGUUCUCACCAGCCCUAAUUCGUUCGGAUCCAAAUAUGGUGCCUCUAAGAACCUUCAAGAUACGUGAAAAUGUAACAUAUGACUGCAUUAACAUUUAUAAGCAACCAGGACUUGAUCAUCCCUUGCUCAAAAACCAUAAAAUUCAGAUGAAACCAUCAGUUUCAAGACAUGAAUUAAGGAAUCAAACAGACAACACUAAAACAUAUAAGAAUAAAAUGGGAUGUCCAGAUGGAACCGUUCCUAUAUUAAGAAAUUCAAAAGAAUAUAUUACCAAUGCACAACUUUUCGCCGAGAAGUAUUUUCAUCCGCUAUCAAGCGAAAGUCCUGGAUCACAUGUUGCUGGAGUAAGGUCACAAAAUGGUCCAUAUCAUGGUGUAGAUGCUUCAUUUAGUAUACAUAAAUUAAACAUCGAAAGAGAUCAGGCCUCAUAUGCUCAAUUAUAUGUAGGCAGUGGUUUGAACCAUCAGAUCAAUUUUAUCCAAGCAGGUUGGAUGAUAAAUCCAAGUAUAUUUGGCGAUGGAGGUGUUUGGUCAUAUGGAUUUUGGAAGGGUGAAAAUGGAAAUGGAUGUUAUAAUACGGCAUGUCCAGGGUUUGUUCAAGUAUCACAGGAGGUUCCCAUAGCCCAGCCCUUGGACCAGCCAAAGGAAGAUUUGUUGCAUUACUCCAUCCAUCAGGAUAAACAAACAGGAAACUGGUGGAUUACAAAACUGAUAGCAAAUGCACCUAACAUAGAUGUCGGAUAUUGGCCAAAAGAAUUAUUUAACCUAAUAGGUAAUGGUGCAAAUAUGGUGGGAGUUGGAGGUGCAGUUCAAGCUUCUCAUCAAGGUCCAAGUCCUCCGAUGGGUAAUGGUAAAUUUCCGAUUGGAGACCCAAAGGAAUCAGCAAUGUUUACAAAUAUUGAAGUCUUGAAUUCCAACUAUGAACAACGUCGAAUCGAUUCUUUUCCUAUGGAGAAGUUGCUAGAUAGCCCCAAAUGUUAUGGAAUAAAUACCGAUAAAAUAAAACUACUCGGUUUUGCUUUUAAUUAUGGUGGUGCGGGAGGAGAAUUUUGUGGAGUUUGACAUUUGCCAAUGUAAUCUUUUUAAAUCGCCAUUUAAUAAACUUAUUCUAAAUUAAUAAAUAUGAAAUUGUUA